AUGGCCGUCAAUGCUGCCCGUGGCAAUGCAGAGGAGUUUGACACUGGUGACGUUUGGUCGAUCUUUGAUGGUGGGCUGGCUGGCAACAAAGGUUUCAUUAUCAACUCGUUUUGUAACAGUGAGAACAAGUACCUCAGCAAAACUGCCAAGCAUAUCCACAUCCAUUACAGCGAGAGCGCGAUGGAGGCGCGAUGCACCAGGCUGAAGGAGCCCGGGAGCCAGGAGGGCGUCGCGCUUGCCCAGCUUGAAACAAUCCACAUCGUCAGUCGUGACGCCUUCCAGCCCUCGAAGAAACCCCGGAAGCACUACAGCGGGUGCAGCACGCAAGGUACUAUUCUGGGACCAGUGGGAGUGCCAUCGCCAGAGAAUGCUUGGUUGCUUACGUGCGCCGACAAGACAGUGAUGCACGGCCCGAUGAGGGCCGAAGUGGGCAACAAGGUCGAGGACAUCGAGGUGGCGGAUCCUGCCAGGCAGAAGCGCAGGCGCUUGGACAGCGACUGCGAGCCGAGCACCUUUCACGGCAUGUUGACCGAGGUGCCCAGUGAGCUGAUCCACAGCUAUACAACGGCUGUCGCCACUUGA